AUGUCACAGGGAAAGUGCAUUUCUGAUGAAAUAAAAAUGCCACAGUUAUAUGGGGUUUACCUUCUCAGAUCUUUGAGAAAGAAGAACUCUUUCUAUAUUGGAUCAACUCCAGAUCCAUAUAGAAGGCUUCGACAACAUAACGGUGAACUUACAAGGGGAGGAGCCUAUAGAACUAGACGAAAUGGAUUUAGACCUUGGAAAAUGGUACUGUUUGUUUAUGGCUUUCCAUCGAAUGUUAGUGCUCUCCAAUUUGAACAUGCAUGGCAGCAUGCAUAUCAAACAAGACAUAUUCCAGUGUGUAAGAGAAGACAUAAUGGGAAAAGACAUACUGGAAGUGGAACUUCUGUGGAUGAGAAACUAGCAAAUUGUCGACUGCUUCUUUGCUCAGAUUCGUUUAAAAGACUUGGGAUUCAAAUUGCUGUAUUUGACAAAGAAAUCUAUCAAGUGUGGAUCAAAAAUAAAUUUCAUAUUUUGAUACCAGAUUAUGUGCACAUGAAUAUAAGAAUGGAAGAUUUACAUACAGAAGAGGAUAAAGACGAUAAUGAUGCCUGCUUUAUAAAAGGGGGAAAUUAUUUACAGAUAAAGCAGUUUAAAGAAAGCGUUUAUACCUCAGAGGAAGAGCUCAAAUCGGAUUCGAUAGCGAAGACUAAGAUGUCAAAUAUGACAAAUAGUUGCUCUAUUUGUGCCAAAGAAAUCGAUCAAAAGUUAGAUCUUGUAGUGUACUGCAUUUAUAAAGACUGCUUGGCCACAUAUGAUUUAAAAUGCUGGGCACAAUCCAUGCUGAAUGAGAAACAACUAAAUGAAGAAAACAAUGAAAAACAAAAACAAAGUUCAAUCAAGCCUAUCAUACCAAUACGUGGACAUUGCCUAAAAUGCAAAAGGGUCAAUUUUUGGAAUACAGUGAUCCGGAACGCGUUACACGUAAAAGAUGAGUUACAAUCUACGCAAUCUUCACAGUUAGAUGAAUAA